AUGACCGAAAACGAUGAUCUGCUGGCCAAGAUUGGUCAACUUGCAGGUCUCAAGAAACCCAGCAAACUAAUCAUCAGUCUCAAUACGUAUCUCGUCAUGCCCCAUCACAUCAAGGAUGGGCCCCAUACUACCGGGGCCGCGGUCGAGGCCGUGGCCGAGGAGCACCAGCUCCCACACAGACACCGCACCCUUGUUCUCAACAGCAAUUCUGGCUCAAAUUCUGGCUCCAACGCAUCGCCCACCACACCAAGCGACUACACUGGUGAAGCGCGCUCCACACCAACGUCGGCAACCUCGACUGGUAACGGCUGGAUUGCAAAGCGCGAUCGUCAUAUGCAGCUGAUCAACUCUGCCGUUUAUGACAAAGAAACCCAAGCCAGAUCUAAAGCAAUGGAGGAGACCCGCAAGUUGAAGGAACAGAGACGAGCGGAGCGAGAACAAGCCAAAGUACUCCGAUAUGCGCAGGGCCCCGGCGCUGCUGCCAUGGUCUCCACCUCCGCACAUCCUUCAGCUGGCCACCAGAUCAUUGUUGAUGAUGUCGCUUUCAAGGUCGCGCGAGGUGGCAGUAAACUCAUACGUAUCUCAAGUGCGUGCCUUCCUGUUAUCCUCCAUUCACAUCGAAUUGGCUUACCCUUCAUAGAUGACCCCAGUACUGCCAACAACACCCCCAAACGCGUCACGGUUGCCGGAGUGCCAUUUGUGCGCAGCAAGAACGGCAAUCUGCACCGUCUUGCCGCCGUAGCCUCGAAGAAAAACGACACUGUCAAAAAACGCGACGAGCUUUGCAAGAGAUUUACAACGACCGGCGCAUGCUACAAAGGCCCGACAUGCCUCUUCACCCACGACCCCAGCAAGGUUGCCCUUUGCAAAGACUUCCUCCAGACAGGCCAAUGUGCCGCAGGUAGUAGCUGUGAUUUAUCCCAUGAGCCGUCACCCCACCGUUCCCCCGCCUGUGUGCAUUUCCUUAGAGGUCGUUGCGCCAAUCCGGAGUGUCGCUACGCUCACAUUCGGGUGACACCCGGUGCUCCUGUUUGUCGCGCAUUCGCAACAUUAGGAUAUUGCGAGAAGGGUGAAACAUGUGAAGAGAAACAUGUUCAUGAGUGUCCAGACUACGCCAAUACCGGCGUCUGCCCCAAGAAACGCUGCCAGCUGCCGCAUGUUGACCGUGCAGGUCAGAUCCGCAAGGCUGCUGCUGCUGCCGCCAAGGCUGACUUGGAUGAGGAUGAAUCUGACGCUUCUAGCGAGGAGGAGAAUUAUGACGCCAUCGACUCAGACGAUGUUGAUUCGGAUGGGUUCGAUGACUGCCCCGAAGAACUGAUUGAAGGCGUGGAUAGCGGCGAAAUGUCGCAACAGCAGGAUUUCAUUGCCUUCUAA